UUGAUCAAAUUAUUUGAGGUUGAAAAUGUCAUUCAACAGUGACUGGGCUAAUUAUCUUUCGAAUAACUAGAUCCUUUUUAAUUAGAAUCUGGAAGACUGUCAUUUAUCGCAUAAAUCGGCCUGUUAGGAUACACCUACUUAAUACGGGGUCAGAUGACAAUAGCAAGGUACAUGCUAAUCGUGUUAUUCGUGUUAGGGACUUCAGUUGGUGCUCAACGUUCACAUCACUAUAAUGUUAAAAUGUGUGGCCGAAGGAAUUCAUCGACUCUGUUAAUUUUGGUUUUAUUUCAUAUGAAACAUUAUGGAGAUGCGCAGCUCAUUGGAGAAGAAAAGAAAUAUGUUUUUCUUGAACAAGCUGUGUUGGAGCGAGUGAGGUCGACAUUGCUAGAAAUGACAAAUGGUCUCGAAGCAAGAGUAGGACGUCUGGAAGAGGACAACAAGCGAAUUGUAUCGGAACUGAACUCCUUGAAGAAUGUGGAUCCUAUAGAGCCUGCACCAGAAGCAGUGAAUGGCUGCCCUUUAUCAGACAACUGUGCUGUCUUUGGUCUUGAGUGUCCCAGAAUUUUUAUGGAUCCAGCGACCCUGCAUACACGUUUCCUGUCAAGGGAUAAACUAACAAUUUCAAACAGACAAGUGGAUAACACAUAUGAAGGACAAACAAGAGCUGACCUAAACCGGGUGUACAAAGGGGUACAAGGGUCAACUGCAAUUACAAACCGACAAAAAUUGUACUUUGAAACUGACAUCUAUUACCAAAUAGAAAAAAACUUAAGUGCAACAAAUCUUGUUUUCGAGGUUGCGUUUGCAACAGAAAAAGCGAUUGCUCAAAGUCACUAUGUCGGUCGACAAAAGGAGGCGUGGUCUAUCAAUGCGCACAGUUCUGUUACACAGGGAGUCACUCUCUUCUUCAAAAGUAAUGGAGGCAAUAUAAUGCAUAAUGAAAGUCUAAGUGACGCCACUUCCGGUACAGAAAAGUACCUGAAACUUGGAUUCUUCAUUAACAGAGUGGACAGAAUUAUCACUGUGUUUGACAUAAACAUGAACAGAAAGAUAUAUACCUUUACUAACGUGGACGAGUCUCGGGAACUGUGGCCCGUAUUCGGCGUUUAUCAAGCGACAAAAACAUUUGUUCGUCUUCGACUGAGCACUGCAAGCGACAUAACUAGUGUUCCUUGUGGGCUGUUCUAGAUCAUAAUUGAAGCUAGUCCCUCAAUUUCCUCUCAUUCAUUUACGACCGUUGAGAAAACGAAAAAGGAAAGAUGAGGUUUGAAAAAUGAAAGAGUCUAAGCACCAUCAUGGUGCUUCAUGUUCAAACCAGAUAUGGAAAUAUUUUGCAAACACUCUAGGACGCUGUAAAGGGGUUAUUAGCAUGACAGUCAUUGGAAAUCCAUAGUUGAAAUAAAUUUUAUGUUUGUAAACGAAAA